AUGGUCAAUGAUAGAUGGGGAAUCAUGAACAGCACUUCGGAACUCGAAGACGGACAGCGGGGUAAAAACCAGACAUUCUGUGAGUGUGUGCCCAGUUCGUCUCAACUCAAACAUCGUUGGUCAGAUUCAGACACAGGCAGACAAACACCGCCCAAGAGGAUGAGCUGCAGCUACCUCCUCUGCACCAUUUUGCUUUUCGUUGCUGUGUUGCUUGCCGUCACGGUAACUGGAACAAUCCUUUUCAUGAACCACUACCAGGCUCCGCCCAUGUCCGACGGCCCGCCUCACAUAAGCACCAAUCAGGAUGAAGCUAACGCCUUGGUAACAAUCGAGAAGGGCGACGGCUCUCGUAUUAAUAUCUUUAUCGACCCCAAUUGCCCCGACUACAACAGCAACUUCCUACGCCUGGAGGGCGUCCAGACAUCUCUGCUUCACUCCCUCACAGACCACGACUCUGACCUUAAGUCUGUCAAAGGCCAAGACCGCGCAUUAUUGGUUAACCUGGCGGAGGAAGUGGCCAAACUCUCUGCCCAUGCUGGGCAGCUGAAAAUGGAUUACGAGUCUCUAAGGAGAGGACAGGGUAACCUUGGACAGGAUUUGAACACACUUCAGACUGAACAAGGCAGACUUAUACAGCUCCUGUCAGAGAGCCAGAUGAACAUGGUGAAGGUGGUGAAUUCUGUGAGCGACGCGUUAAACUCCAUGCAGAAGGAGAACGGAGGUUUGAAGGCCAGGCUGAAAGCUGACCUGCAGAGAGCUCCGAUCAGAGGGACAAGGCUCAAAGGGUGCGCCAACGGCUCUCGGCCUCGUGACUGUAGUGAUCUCUACUCGAGUGGUCAGAGAGAGGAUGGUGUUUAUUCAGUCUUUCCCACUCACUACCCUGCAGGAUUCCAGGUCUACUGUGACAUGAGUACAGAUGGAGGGGGCUGGACGGUGAUCCAGCGGAGAGAGGAUGGGUCAGUGAACUUCUUCAGGGAGUGGGACGCCUACAGGGAGGGAUUUGGCAAGAUUACUGGAGAGCACUGGCUGGGUCUGCGGCAGAUCCAUGCUCUGACCAUCCAGGGGAAUUAUGAAUUGCGGAUCGAUCUGGAAGAUUUCGAGAACAGCACAGCUUUCGCCCAGUAUGGCACGUUUGGCGUGGGAUUGUUUUCCGUUGACCCUGAGGAUGAUGGGUACCCACUGACCAUCGCCGACUACACCGGCACCGCAGGCGACUCUUUACUGAAACACAACGGGAUGAAGUUCACCACUAAAGACCGGGACAACGACCAUUCGGAAAACAACUGCGCCUCGUUCUACCACGGCGCCUGGUGGUACCGAAACUGCCACACCUCAAACCUGAACGGCCAGUACCUCCGCGGACAACACACGUCUUAUGCCGACGGCAUCGAAUGGUCUUCCUGGACCGGCUGGCAGUACUCCCUCAAAUUCACCGAAAUGAAGAUACGGCCGUCACGAGACGAGAGCAAGUGA